AUGAUUUCUCUUUUCCGCAAAUGCAUUCUGCUGUGGCUCGCUACCGUCUUCGUGGUCACUGCAGCACAGCAGACUGCUCUGUCAGAGCUUCCGGAUUGCGCUCAAAUCUGCCUUCUAAAAGCUUUGGGCACAAACACCUGCGCGCCAACAGAUCAAGCCUGUAUCUGCACCAACGAAGUCUUCCAGAACAAUGUAACAUUGUGUGUAAGCAGCCGCUGCACCAUUCCUGAAGCUCUAGUCACACGAAAUGUCAGUCUUACCAACUGCGGUGCACCGGUGCGACAUCGUGGAGAACACUACGUGACGUUGUCAAACGCAAUGGUAUGCAUUGCCGCUGCCUUCGUUGUGAUCCGUUUCGCCUUCAAGGCCACCGUGUCGAGACUCGACUUUGGCUACGAUGACUUUUGCGUCCUGGCGACGCUUAUAGCCGCCAUACCCAGCGCCAUCAUCACUGUUUUCGGUACUGUAAAGAACGGACUUGGUCAAGACCUUUGGGCCUUGACUCCAACGGAGAUCACCCAGAUGCUGCAAUACUUUUACAUUAUGGCGUGGCUGUACUUCCUCCAGCUCACGCUGCUGAAGCUCACUCUGUUGUUCUUCUACAUCCGCGUGUUUCCUAGCAAAGAAGUCCAGCGACUGUUAUGGGGUACUGUCAUCUUCACUGUACUCUGGGGCUUGGCCUUUAUCAUUGUUGCGGUAUUCCAGUGUCGGCCGAUUCACUACUUCUGGACGAAAUGGGACGGUAUGCAUGAGGGCACUUGUCUGGAGAUCAACGCCAUCACCGCAUCAAACGCUGCUAUCUCGAUCGCUUUGGACUUCUGGAUCCUGGGUAUACCUCUCUGGCAGCUUUGGGGGUUGAAGCUACACUGGAAAAAGAAGGUCGGUGUAGCACUUAUGUUUUGCGUCGGCACUUUCGUUACCGUCGUCAGUAUUCUGCGUCUGCAGGCUCUGGUGCACUUCGCCGCUUCCUCGAACGUAAGCUGGGAGUUCUACGACGUUUCAGUGUGGAGCACGAUCGAAAUAUGCGUUGGUAUCAUGUGCGCUUGCCUUCCAACACUCCGCCUUCUCCUGGUUAAACUCUUCCCUAUCCUUGGAGGCUCCUCAGUACGCAGCCGUCAACAGUACUACAACUACGGCAGUGGCAACGAACUCAAGAACGUUAGCCAGAAACACAAGUCAUACAACAUGAACACUAGCGCUGCUAUAUCGAGUCCUCGGACCGAGUCUUUCGACGAUAAGAUAGAAGACGGCAUUAGGGUCAAGACCUCCUACAUGGUAAAGCAUAGUCAUAGUGACACAGAUGAAGCGAGCCUAGUAAGCCAUGAGGGACCACAGAGGCAGUAG